AAAUAUUACAAGGCAGUGGAGCAGCAGGGAUUUGUCAUGGACUGUCCCGUUGGGGACAGGAUGGCCCUGCCUCCUUGGUGCCUGUUUGCUGUCAAAUGCGGGCUCUCCGGCAGGGCAGGCAGCCAGCGGGCUAUAUUUAGCAACAACAACAAAACAGGCAGCCGAAUCAGCCGACUGGAGGCAGGGAGCCUGAUGCACCGUGUAGUUUUAGACAGCACGUAUUCUGCACUGAAAACAGGGAGGGAGAGAGCCGGGGAGAGACGUGGGAGCCAGGGGAGCUGAAAGCCGCCCACCCCGCCGCACCAGGCAGCAGCGCAGCUAUGGCACCCCGGAUAAGAUUGAGUCUUUCAAAGCCUCUCCCAACCAUACGUGAAGCCCACGAGGAAGUGAUGGAAGAUUCAACCAGCAACCUGAAACAUACUGGAAGCACUGCAGCCGGUCCAGACUCGUACUCCAGCGAUGAUUACAUUCAAUCUAUCUGCCACCUUGCCAGACCCACCUUCCCAGGCCUUCCUGAAAGCAGCCAUAAGGUUCAGGACAGAAAGACACUGAAGACCCUUGAAGACAGGUCACGGUCCCCGUCACUGGGGGGGACACAGCAGGAAGUGUCAAAAUGUAAAUCGACUGAUUUGAUCUCAAAUGUGGUGCCGCUGGGAAAAGUCACGCCUGCAGAAGCUGACUUCUGGUCCAGAGAGGACCCCCUGGCACAGAUUUACACUGGCACAGGAAAGCUCUGCUCCUCCAAGGCUUCUUUGUAUGGUAAAAACUCAAGCAUGGAUAACUCACAGUGCCACUCUUCCUCCCCAGACAGUGAACUUCAUCCCCCAACUAUGAAAGAAAAAGCCACAGGGAAACCCAAUUUGCUGCGAGUGUUCAGUUUUCCAAGCCUUCCCUCCCCAAGACCAGCGCAGAAAGAAGCAGCCUGCUCAGAGCUGAAGUACCUCAGAAGAGUUGAGGGGGCAGUUUUAGGGAGUAGCCGCAGUCAGAAAGAAGGCAGCCCCAUGUUCAUUACCAGUGAAGAGUUAUUGCCAUGCCCAGCCAGAGGGAAGCUGCUGGGAAACCCAGCCUUGUGCUGCUCUGUAGGAAGGCAGAGUUGUUUGUUCAAUACAGCAGGCGCUGAUGAAAAAGAAGGGAGAGAAAAUUCUCACUGUGACAAAAAUGUAAUAGGUGAUGCCCCCCCUAAGCAGAGAUACUCUGAGUGCUUCCAGGCGGCUAAAAAAGCCAUGAUCCAUAACUGGAUUUCAGAGCACAGAUGCAUCUGGAAAGAAGCAAAGGUAAAAGCUUGUUUACUCCCAGCCAUUGCUGAAGUGUGAAGAUGUAGCUGUUCAGAAUUAUUUUACUCACAAGAAAUAACCACCCUGUGCUCUAGAAGCUCUCCCUGGAGUCCUUACACAGAAAACAUGGCUUGAAUGUGCAUGCAAGUCAGGCAGACUUUUGUGACCCCCUCAUAUCCCUCAUCAGUGGGAAAAGAGACAAUUCAGAGUCUCGGCCACUAAGGAAACAGCGACUAAUUCUCAUUUUGGAAAGGCAACAGUUCAUAAAGCGUCUCCCCACACCUAUUGCCUAGAACUGCCCUGAGCACGGAGAAAAGCUGAUGAGAGUACAAAGUCCACCUAUUCUGGAGGAGAAGAGAUCUGCGGGAACAUCAAACUACUGGUGUUUUCCAGCAAAUGCCAAACAGCCAGAUGUUGCUCACACUCGGGUACAGUUAUUCUGAAAAGAACAUUUUGACAGAUGCUUGCGCAGCACUAAACGUGCUCUCUCUGACAUGAACAUUUACUAGGAGACCCAUUAUAGAUCAACACCAUUGAUCAACACCACCAACACAACGCGUCAACACCAGAAUACCACUGGGUAGGUCACCUGGUAGUGCAGUACCAUGAAGAAAUAUUUUUAAAAAUAUCAUAAGAAGUCUUUUAUAAGGAUUUGCUAGAGGGCAGCACGGAGACUAUUAAAACUCCUGCAGGUGGGGAUUUUCCUGUUGCUUACCCUGGCACAACCCUGUUACCUGUACUCCUUGAUUCACCCUUGGCAGGAGGAGACCUAGCAGCCCUGGGUGGGCAUUGCUGUGCCAGUGUUGCGGCAACGACCUGCGAUGCCAGCUGUAAAAAAUCAGAUAUCAUGCUGGUAUCUACCCUGUCACACCCGCACCAGCGGGGCUGCACACUGUGGGCACCCCGGUUUUGCUGUUCGGGUGCAGGAGCCCCACGAGCUUGCAGGCAGCUCUGCCGGCUCAGCGGCACGACAAGAAGAGCAGCUUUGGCUGAGGGGCAGCCCGGGGAUGCUGGGCUGGCAUUAACAGGACCUGAAUAUAAAAUAAUCAUGUCUGGGUUUCCCUUCAUAUUUGUGCUUCUGUAUUCUCACCUACCUGACCACGUUAAUGAUGCUGACUGUCCUUCGCCUGGUGCUGAGACUGAAACUUGAAAAGACCACAUGUGUAUGUUAUGACCAUCCAGCACAUAACAUACAUAAAACUGUUCAGUUGAUGUUAAUGCUGCAUGGGCUGUCUGUAGGAAGAGAAGCAUUCCUGCAUUGCUGUGAGAUCCCAGCGUGGUGUCAUGAGCACACGGCCAGGUCAUCCCUCACUGCUGCAUGGAGACAUCUCCAUCCAGAGAAACUGCCUCUCAUCGGCGCUUUCUCCUGCAGUCACAGCAACCUCAUGUACCCGUGUCUCGUACAGCAUUCUCCGUAGCCAUCUGAGAGAAGUAGGUGAGAAAACUGCAAAGCAAUACUAGCAUAAUUAUUAUUACUACUGCUAGGAAUGAAUUUUCUGGCACAGAGGAGAGCAGAAGGACCAGGAUGCUUGUUCAAUUGCAGCUAAGAUGGGAAAUACCAUUGGAAAGCUGCAAUUAUAAAAAUGCUCACAAGCAAUUUCUAAACCACCCUUGAGCAGAUUAAAUCAGAAGGCAACUCCUGCUCAGUACCAACAUGAGCGUAAAUACGCUCGAGGAUCAAAAGGUGAGCAUAUUUGAGCUUCUCAUUCUCACAUCUCUUGCCUCAAAUAUUUUUUCUCCUGUUGAAACUCAUUAGCACUAUGGAGCUGAACUGCUUCUCAUCUUUGUUUUUGAACUAACCACACAGCAAGAACAAAAGUGAAGGUGGCUCCAGCUUUUAUUAGAGCUGAUGGAGAGAGCUGAAUCAAGGAAGGUGCCAGUCUGCUCCACCUCCUCCACAUCUUUCCCUUCCUUCUCAGGUUAAUGCUGGGAUUUAAGUGAUGCUUGUCCUCAUCGCACUGCUGACAUUUUAAUGUCUCUCCACGUGAAUAUUUAUGACACUUAUGCAUAGCAAGUCUUGUGCCAACUGCAUGUAUCACUGCUUUUGACAGAGAAAACAAAUAAAACCGUUACAUUGAGCUGCUGUUUCCAUUA